UUGAUUCGUUGUUUGGGAACGCGUUGAAGAGCUAAAAGUUUGACUUUGCGGAAAUAGCACUCUUUGGGUCGGCGGGUGUUGUGGGGCUGUCAAUUUGAAUGACAGCCCGUUUUGAAUUCUUCUCCGGUUAUGUAUAAAACCCACCGAGAAAAGCAGGUGGUUCGAGUUCUGGUUCUUGGAUUUGUGGGUCUGUAAGCGAUUCAUUUUUGACAGAUUUUGCUGUUGGUCAUUAAUGUGAAGGGAUUCUUCUGUUCAGUAUUUUCGUGAUUUUGGUAUGAGAAAUUGGAGAAAUUUAUAAUGGGUUCCUUGUCUGGGAUCUUGCAGAGGCCGGUUCUUGCGGCCUCUGCCUUAGCCGUAGCAUCUGUUUCUGCUGAUUGUUAUGAUAAAUUGCGGCCUAUUAGAUCAUCAGAUACCUGCUCUUCCUUGGAGCAAUCGAACCCCCCUUCUUCUUCUGCUUCUUUACAUUCAUUAGAUGAUUUAAAUUCUUCUUGGGUGUCCCGAAUUUCGGUUUCCAAGUUAUCCCAACUGUCUUUUGUUACCGGAAUUCGAAUCCCCAUGCCUAAUGUACACAUACCAAUUCCAAACACCAGUGCUAAUUAUUCUUUGGUGGCGUCGUCCCCCGUUUUACUCAAUUUAUACCAAUCAGCCGAUUUGGCAAAGUCCGCUAAACCGGCUACAUAUUCUUAUAGCUAUCCUCCAUUGCCAUCAGAUGUUUUGUAUAGAUGGCAUUUGCCGGAUCCUAAUUCUGUUGAUGUAUCUGGGGUUUCUGAUUGUUUGUCGGCUAAGUCUCGGACAGUAGUUGUGUUGCUAGGAUGGUUGGGUGCUAAGCAAAAGCAUCUGAGUAGGUAUGCAGAGUGGUAUACCUCCAGAGGCUUUCAUGCCAUUACAUUUACUUUUCCAAUGUCUAAGGUCCUCAGCUAUCAAGUUGGGGGACAAGCCGAGCAGGAUAUAGAAUUGCUUGUGAACCAUCUCGCCGAAUGGUUGGAAGAGGAGCAUGGGAAGAAUUUGGUCUUCCACACCUUUAGUAAUACGGGAUGGCUGACAUAUGGAGUCAUUUUGGAAAAGUUUCGGCAGCAGGAUUCUGCUCUAGCAGGGAGGAUUAGAGGCUGCAUUGUGGAUUCUGCUCCUGUUGCAGCUCCUGAUCCACAGGUUUUCGCCUCUGGAUUUUCUGCUGCAUUUCUGAAGAAAAAUAGUGUUGCAACAAAAGGUUCUGUUAGGAAACCUGAUGCAGAGGUGACAAUUGGAACCAGAACCUCCAUUGAAGUCAAACCUGCAUUAACUGAAGCAGCGCUGCUCCUCGUUCUGGAGAAGUUCUUUGGGAUGGUUUUGAAUUAUCCUUCCAUAAACAGGCGGCUUUCUGAUGUGCUGAGCCUAUUAACAUCAGAACAACCCAGCUGUCCACAGCUAUACAUAUAUAGCUCAGCUGACAAAGUGAUUCCAGCACCUUCUGUUGAGUCCUUCAUAGAGAAGCAGCGAAAGAGUGGACGUGAGGUCAGAGCUUGUGACUUCAUUUCCACACCCCAUGUCGAUCAUUUCCGGAGCGACCCAAAACUGUAUUCUUCACAGCUCACCCAGUUUUUGGAGGAUUGUGUGCUGACAUGCUGUAAACGCUCUUCUUGACUAGGCUGCUAAAUAAUCCCUGAUUCUUUCUAUUAUUCUUGUUUCUUUAUUCUGUACUUUUCUCCCAUCUCUUAAGAGUUAAAGAAUAUCCCCUUACACUUUCGUCUCCUCUUCCUUCCACUUGUACUUACACUUUGAUUUUGAUGUAUAGAGUUAAAGAAAUGCUUGGAUCCAUUACCAUCAAUAUACAAACUUCUUCCUGAUUAUGCUUUCAGAAGCACUUCGCCUACUCUUUGAUGAGUGCCUACCAAAUUUGUGUAUUAAUUAGUGGGUUCUAUCUUUCAUGUUAAUACAAAUUUUUACGUA